CUAGCGAAAAAAAAAUUUGGCGGUUAGGUGCACUUUAAAAACACACGCAUGCAUGAUUAUGCCUAGUGUGUGAACCAUAUGUUCAGUAGAAAGGGUUAUUUCAUUCCCUUGCAUGAAACACGAAUUUAUCCUUGAGUAAGCACGAAACAGUAAAUUCCUCACUAAUAGACAAAUUCGGCUAACUCACGCGCGAGUGUUACGUGACUUGAAUUGGGUACAACAGCAAUCAAAAGAAGUACGUUCGUAUUGUCAUUUAGAGAAAAAUAAGCCACGAUUCCGCAGUUUUGUUGCACCGGAGACUGUCAGAACAGCUCCGCUAACCGAAAAGAUCUCUCGUUUCACGGGUUUCCGUUAAAUUUUAAAAGCGUCCUCUCUGUUUGCAUCGUGAAAAUGUUAGGUUAAUUUUAAACUACGUUUCUGCGUGGUGUAACCCAGGUUUGUGGUCUCUUAUCAGUACCAUGCAUUGGCUUUUUCGUGAAAUGUGUCAGUCAUCACGGUCUGUGUGUGAAAUGUUGUUCACUGUGGCACAAACAAGUGCAUAAUCUUGUACUGAACAUGGCGAGUGGUAACAACAGUAUGAAACAGUUGUAUUAGUUAAUGAGUUGUUAUGUUUUUCCUAACCAGCACCUAGUAUCCCCACGUCGCUCACUUAUAGUGUGCAAGACCAAGACAAGUCACAUGGUCCAAGAAUUAACUUGACCUGGUCGAUACCUGCAAAACCAAAUGGAGUCAUUAGAAGUUACACUGUGUUUUACUGUUACAAUGGAAAUUCGCAAAAAGAGAUCUCUGGAAUAGAUGCAUUGAGUUACUCAGUUGAUGUACUGGGUGGUGCCACCUACCAGUUCCAUGUCAGAGCUGUGACUAUCAAACCUGGACCAAAUGCUACUUUAACCGUAGCUGUCCCUGAGUAUGUGCCCAGCCACGGGCCAGAAAAUGUGUCUUCUACAGAAGUUAACAGCACAACAUUUGAGGUAACUUGGGCUGCACUGCCAGAGAGGGUGGCACAUGGCGUUAUCAAAAUGUACCAAGUCAGACUAGUUUUGAAGGAAAAUUGUACUUCAGCUCAGUCUGAAUUGUAUUCAAGAUUUAACACAACCUCAACAAGUAUGGUCUUAAGUGGUCUAUCAAUUUGUGCAAGGUAUGAAGUGUCUAUAAGAGGCUACACUGUGGUGGGACCAGGACCCUACAGCAGACCUAUAGUGCUUCAGACUUCCGGUAUGAGAUGGUCCAAAGAAAGGCCUUCCUCGCCAUCUUUUCCUUUGAAUUCAACCGAAGCAGGUUUAACAGCAAAAAUAACAUUACCACGCUUUCCAGCAAAUGCAAAAUUCUUUCAAGUCAUCGUCAUAAUGGUUAGCUCACACUAUUCUGGUGUAGUAUACUCGCCAGAAAGUUUUACACCACAGGAUCUGGUGACAUAUGAUGAAGCACACGAAUCUCUAGUUCCUGCAGCUUAUGUGACUUUCCAGUUUAGUGGAAACGACUUUGAUAAUUACCAGGAAUUUAUUGUUGGAAGUGGAGCACAAUCAAAUAGUAAAACAAGAAGUAAGAGAAGCUGUGAUAACAACGAGCAGUAUUACAACAAACCACUCCAGCCAAAUACCAACUACAGAGUGUUCCUUAGGGCUUUUGUUACUGAGGUGCUGUAUAUUUCGAGCAACUUCGUAGAGAUAAAGACCAAAGAGAAACCUGCUGUCAAGAAACUACCAGAAAAAUCAAUUUUACUGGUUGGCGAACUGGUAUUGUUGACGUGUGAGGUCACCGGAGAUCCUGAACCUUCUGUUACGUGGACUAAAAAUGGAAAUAGCUCUAUACCACGGGCUCAGUUCAAGAACGGUGGUCGUAUCCUUGUUAUUAAAGACGUGCUUCCUGUUGACAGUGGUGUUUAUCAAUGUAAAGCAUCCAACAAGUUUGGAGAAAGCCGUACAUCUACAGCAGUGAUAGUCGCUGUUCCACCCACAAUAGCUAGAGAAGUUUCCCCAUCUUCAGUGAUAUGUGAAAUGCAAACCCUUUGUACUUUAUCUUGCCAUGCAACCAGUGGCAGUCCUUUUAAUUACUCUUGGACAAAGAAUGGUCAGGUCCCAGGUAGUGAUGACAUCAAAAUCAUGAACAACAUCAUUGUUCUCACGCCUCGUGAUGCAGAGGAUUAUGGGAUGUAUGUGUGCCAUGCUACAAACAGCUUUGGUUCCACAGCCUACAAAAUCACCUUGUCAGAGGGUCACAAGUCUUCAUCGUCUGCGUUUUCAUAUGGAAAAAGCGUUUUCUAUGCUACGGUUAUCACUUUAUCCUGUAUUGUUUUCAUCUCGCUUGUUGUAAAUGGUGUGUUGAUACGGCGGCUAAGACGAGCUUUGCCUGAAAACAGAGCAACGACUGCGGACAAGUCCAUCGCCGAUAACGGAUGUCAAAGUGUUUCACCACGUGAUCAGCACAUGUCAGAGCCAAGUUCAUACAUGGAACUCCGUCCCAGGCCUUUGGAAGGGCAGUCACCUGGUCCUCCUGAGUUCAAAAGUCUACAGGGCAAAGAUGAGGAUACCGAAUAUUACAAUGUGGGAUUUAACGAAGGAAAAGACGGACAGGAAGAAAUUUACCUUGAAAUAGGAAAUGCCUCGUGUUGAGUUGUUUCCGCUCUUUGAAACAGAGGAAUAUAAUAGGAAAGCUUGGAAAGAGCCUAUUCACGCAGUGCAACUACCGGGGGUACUAUGUAAAUAUGUCACAUCACGUAUCUUCUGCCUGAAUGUGCUUCACCUCGAAUGAGGUUUCCAAAGGAAACAAAACUUCUCUUGUAACCUUCUAUAUUUGAUUAUCUACUAGGCAUAGUUGGUCUGGUGUGAUUGUCUCGGUAAGCUCUUUAAAUCACAGGAGCGAUCAAAAUCUAAUUUCUCAUGACAGCACCAAUACAUUAUCAAGCAAAGGUCAUGGGAAUAAGGAUAAUCAGCAAUGUUACUUUGUCUUGACAUACCACCAAAUUCUCAGAAGUUGUUAAAAGAACUGAUUACUGAAACGAUUAAUAGAACAACAAUAGUUCUUUUUAGAGAGAUCUAACCAUUUACUACGUUAGCUAGUGUGCAAAAAGUCGAUCAUAUGUGUAAUUACAGUGUCACUUUUUUCACCAUUUUGGUUAGCAAUCUCAUAUUUUGCUAUAAUGAUAAUGAUAAUGAUAAUGAUAAUGAUAA